AUGACGCGCAACCUUACGGAGGAUCAGGCCAAGGUCCUCACCACCAUCGAGCGUACCAAUGCAAUCAUAUCGAUAGUGGCAUGCGCGUUUACGAUUCUUACUUUCUGCUUCUCCAAAUAUUUCAGCAAAGCCAUUAAUCGGCUGGCCUUUUAUGCGUCAUUUGGCAACCUCUUGUCGGAUGUCGCCAUCAUCAUGUCUCGCGAAUUCAUAGACAACCCAGACUCGGCAGGGUGUCAGAUUCAGGCGUUCAUCAUUCAAGUCUUUUUGUCAUCCGAUGUAUUGUGGACGUUGGCUAUGGCUAUCAACGUCUAUCUUACCCUCUACCACAAAUACGAAGCCAGAGACGUGCGCAAGCUAGAACCCGUCUAUCUGAUAUGCUGCUACGGUAUUCCUCUGAUCCCGGGGUUCGCACUACUCUUUGCAAAGGGCCAUCAUGGAGUUCGCAUUUACGGACCUGCUAUCGCUUAUUGUUGGAUAUCAUCGGACUGGGCUCUCCUUCGUAUUUUGAUCUUCUAUGCCCCGAUUUGGGUUGUCAUCUUAAUCAUUUUCAGCAUCUACAUUCGCGCUGGCCGAACCAUCUACACGGUACGAAAGCAGGUCUACAUCUUCCAGUCAUCCGACCUUGAUCCCAUCUCAGUCGACGAAACAACGAGUCCCCUACAAUCCGGUGAUGAAGUCCACACCGUAGGGCCCAUGACCGACCCCGAACGCGCGACCAUUGACUACACCCUGAGCCAGCCCGAUACUCUUCGUGCCUUGCGCCGACGGAAUCACGAGCGAAACAAUGCCGCCUGGUCAUACACCAAGUGUGCUCUCCUCUUCUUUGGGGCCAUGCUCAUCACAUGGAUACCGUCGAGCGCCAACCGGCUGUACUCUCUUACCCACAACAACAACAUCAGCGUUCCUCUGCAGUUUGUGAGCGUCUUUGUGAUUCCUCUACAGGGCUUCUGGAACUGUGUCGUCUACGUCGUCACGUCCUGGGUGGGCUGCAAGAACUUGUUUCACGAUAUGUGGCUGGCAAUUCGGGCGGGAGCUAUUGACUUCGUGGGACGAUUUCGCAGAAGAACGAAUCAUGAGACGAAUCGCGAGAAUGAUGAGAUGCAGGAGAAUCUAUAG